GUUAGUUUGCAUCUGCAGGAUGGCAGCAAAAGGUUAUUUUGGCCUCUUUGUGCUGAGUCUAGUCAGUGCUGUUUUGACACAAAAUGAUACAACAACAACAACAACAACAACAGCAACAACAAAUACAACUACAACAACCACUGAUCGUCCAACAACUACAACUAGAGAACCUGCAGUCUGUGAAUAUGGGAAUAACACUCUGGGAAUCUGCGAGUGCGGGGCUCAGUUGUUUAUAAACAAUGAUUGUACGCAGGGAUUCUACUGUAUGGAGACUGAAUUACCAGAAGGAGGAAACGCCCAAGGAUGUAUGAAAACUUGUAAAUCAGAUGAAAUCUUACAAGUUAAUGUUAAAACAUACACAUGGGAAUGUGUUUUAAAAAGACAGCCUGGAGCUUUACCUCUUCUUUGUCCAGGCUCAUUUAACACUGAAUGUCCUGGAAAUGGAGAUAUUAAAGAUUGUCAGUGUGAUGGACAGCUUUGGAUCUCUGAUCAUUGCAGGUUAUAUAAAAAAUACAACCUAGUACAAACUUAGAAGCAAUCUGCAAGAAUUUACCUUUUUUGGGACCAA